GAGCCACUCGUGUUAAGCCAUUCUCAGGAGCGAGUACUUUACACUGCACACCAGCAAGAGGAAGAAAUUGCAGCUGUUACUUAAACGCUGCCUUUUGAUGACCUGCUUUGAUUUUGGACACUUGUAGACCCGAUUUUUGGGGGUUUCAUUAGAAGGCGAGCGAGCCUCUGGACUCAAACUCGAAGACAGAGCAAAACUCACCUGAACACAGUGGGUGGAUUUUCUUCCUUCAACUGUUCAUUCCAACAUAACAAAAAACUUGUUCUGGCACUACAUUGACCACUACAUUGCCGAGCAGAUCACAAGCAGGCUCCAAUUUCUGCGCUGUGAAAUUGAAUCAGAGGAACGGAGGGGCAAUACAGCAGAGGCAUUGUGUCCCUGCAAUUGAAACACUAACCAGCUGAAAAUAUCAAAGACCAUCCUGGACAAAGCGUUCCUCUCAAAUCUCCCGAAUUGGUCUGAAAUCUGCAGUUGAAUUAGAAAGUGACCAAAAGCUGCACAACACUCAGAGGAGAGGGAAGCAGAAGGGGAGCAUAAACAAGGGCAAAGGAUUGCUUGCAGGUGCCGGAGCUGCCAUGGUCCGUAGAGGUGGUGUGGGAGUAGCUCCGUCCAGCUGGGGCCUUUGGGCAUUUGGCACCCUGUCGCUGGUGGCAUUGUGCUUGUCGGACCUGGCCAUCCGAUGCCCGGUGUGCUCUGAGGAGAGGCUGGCCAGCUGCCGUCUGCCAGACGGCUGCGAGGAGACGGUGCGGGAGCCCGGCUGCGGCUGCUGCCCCACCUGUGCCCUGCUAAAAGGGGCGCACUGUGGUGUCUACUCGCCUCGAUGUGGCACGGGCCUCCGCUGCUACCCGCCGCGUGGCAUGGAGAGGCCACUGCACUCGCUGAUGCACGGCCAAGGGGUGUGCACUGAUGAAAGGGAGGUGGAGGAGAACUCAGCAAUAGACAGGCAGGAUGAGAUCAUCCCUGACCAUCCUAACAACAGCAAUAUCCGCUGCAGUCCACAAGACAAGCGCUGCAUACAGAAGACACUGGCCCGACACCCUCCAAAAUCCACAAAUCAGAGAAGCAACACUGCCAGAGAGGAGACGAAGGCGGCGCUGGCUCCAUGUCGUGCUGAGCUACAGAGAGCGUUGGACAGAUUGGCAUCAAACACUCGCACACAUGAUGAUCUCUUCACCAUCCCCAUCCCCAACUGUGACAAGAAUGGAGAUUUUCACCCUAAGCAGUGUCAUCCGGCACGUGAUGGCCAGCGGGGAAGGUGCUGGUGUGUGGAUCAGAAGACGGGCAUGAGGCUGCCGGGCCCGCUGGAGCUGCGAGGGGAACUGGACUGCCACCAGUUAAUGACUGCUACCCUGAGGGAUUGAGGAGUGGAGUGGAAGUGGGGGGUGCAGCACCAGCUCAAUUCAACUGGUGCUUAUUAGUAGAACUACACAAGGAAAGGACUUGGCUCUAAAGCCUUGCUUCACCCGAGGCCAGCGGUACUUAGGCCUGAGCAACAAAAAGGAAACCAUUGAAUUGAGUUCUUUUGCUAUUUUGUUUCUGUGUGUGAGAUUAGGUGAUCUCAAAGUCUUUUGAGCACUUGUGUAUUGUUUUUACUAUGUGAACAUAAGAAUGAUAGUCUUUAGACACAUGCGCUUUAAAGUUACAGGUGGCAGAAAAUAACCUUCCACAGGUAAUUGUUGUAAUUGUGAUCUUUUUUAGAGAGCAACGUGUGGUUUUCUCUAGUCUAACUUCAGUAGAGUAUUCUUGGAAGGUAAGAAAAUGCAUUAGCCCCCACCAGAUAAUCAGAACUGAGAAAGAGCAGUAGCUGUUAUUUGUUUUUUUAUCUCCUGAGAACUUUAUCAAUUGGAAUUACUGCGUCAGGAUAAUCCAGAGAGAUCGUCGAUUAAAGGAUCCUGUACUAGUUUUUUCCACACAAUUUGUGUAAUUGGUUGUAACGUGUGGCUCUUGUUCUACUGUCCUAUAUGUUGUAAACCCCACCCAUCUGGUAAGUAGAUUAAAACAACGCAAAAACACAAAGUAAAGUUCAGCGACGACACAAGAGUAGCAAUAAGAGAUAGGGAUGAGAAGAAACGGGGACAAAGGAAUGCAACAAUCCCCUGCCUUGAGUUACCAAAUGACACAGUAAGCCAUAGCUUUUCACAACAUUCAGACCAAAGUGAAAAGUGAGAUUAGUUUGAACAACUGUAUCUCUGAAAGGCCAGAAUAGAUUUGCUUUUUGUGUGGUCCAGAGGGACUGGCAGCAGAGCAGGGCUAAGAACUCUGUACACUGCUGAUAGGAUAAUCUUAUUUCUCCAGCUGGUGCUAAAAUGCCAGUGUGACUUUCAUGUUUGUAUGAAUAUGCUUCAACAUGCAGUAUUUCUCUCCAACAGAACUGCUUGGCAGAACUUUGGUGGUGCUAUAUACUGAUUGUGCCAAAAUACAAAAGCAAGAAAGAAAAUGGCUUCUGCACUUUUUGGGCAUUGUUAAGGAUUGGAACAUAAGACAGGGAUAUUCAGCAAGUGGAGCAAUUAGCAUCAACGAGUGUGAGGAUCACGUAAAUGUGUGACUAUCUGCACUAGAUAUUGGCAAAUGCUGCUUUUAAAUUGUGUUCUUAAUGUUACUGUUCCAAUUUAAAAGUUACAUCACACAUUGGCGCUGCACUAUCACUGCAGCUAACUGGCUCAAUGUUUCUUGGGUAGGGUUGUAAAUUGCAGAGGUGACAUGUCUUCACUAUACAAGCAGUGUAAUACGUUUUCAAUGAUUAAGCUCCUGGCAGCACAACAACUCCUAGUUGACAUUAAGCUUCGAAUGGAGGAGAUGUAGCAGUAAAGAUAACAUAUUGAUUAGGUGGAAACCAGAUUUUUUUAUCUCCUAACCCAACGUUGGUUUUCAGUUUAUUAGGGCAUCACACUAAUAUUUAAAAGGAGUGCAUUACCAGUGAAAGUGAUCUAGCUACUCAAAUAUUUUAGAUAGCGUAGGCAAGACUGGGAAUUUUCUUAUGGCAAUUUGAUUGUAUUGGUGGCGUGAAUUAUGACUUCGGGCGGAGUAGCAGAUUUAAGCUAAUGCUGGUGUUUGUCACCACCAGAUAUGGAUGGCUUUCUCCAUCUGUUCCCUGGGAGACUUUGGUUAUUAUUGACUCAAGCACAAAUCCAUUUUGGGUAGAUGGACGGUCAUUACUAGGGUUGCCGUCCCACACAGAACACCAUUAGUGUGUAGAUUACAGUGCAGUAAUGUCAUAUGUUGAAACUGAUAUUCACUGCUACUGUCGUCACACAAUCGAUUUCUGAUGCCUCCACAAUCCUCACUCACAGCUUUAGGACUAUUUGAGCACAACACACUGAAGGAAGUUUCAUUCGGCUCCACACA